GCGGGUCGGCCCGGCCGGAGCGGGACGCUUGUAUAGGCCACUGGAAUCCCGGGCUCAGGCCUUAGCGUACCGGGAGUGCAACUCCUGGUAGGGGUUCGUGGGGUCAUAGGACAUGACCUCAUGGAGGCUGCUCACUCACACACCUGCGGAAAAGGGGCCGAGGUGUUGGGCGCCGAGGGGCUGCCGGUGCCCAAGGAGAGGGUACACUUCGAAGUUACGAAGUUCAUCAUGGAGGCAGGUAUCAAGCUAGGAAUGCGGUCCAUUCCCAUAGCCACUGCAUGCACCAUUUACCAUAAGUUCUUCUGCGAGGUCAACUUGGAUGCUUAUGAUCCUUACCUGGUUGCCAUGUCUUCCAUCUACUUGGCCGGUAAAGUGGAGGAGCAGCAUCUGCGUACCCGGGACAUCAUCAACGUGUCCAACAGGUAUUUUCACCGGGACAGCAAGCCCUUGGAACUGAACUCACGAUUCUGGGAGCUCCGAGACAGCAUUGUACAAUGUGAACUCCUUGUGUUGAGAGUCCUGCGCUUCCAAGUCUCCUUCCAGCACCCACACAAGUACCUGCUCCACUACCUGAUUUCCCUCAAGAACUGGCUGAAUCGUUAUACCUGGCAGCGGACACCCAUCUCCAUCACAGCCUGGGCGCUGCUGCGGGAUAGCUACCAUGGAGGGCUGUGCCUCCGAUUCCACGCUCAGCACCUGGCGGUGGCCGUGCUCUACCUGGCUCUCCAUGUCUAUGGAGUUGAGGUCCCUGCUGAGUGCGAGAGUGAAAAGCCAUGGUGGCAGGUGCUUAGUGAUGAUCUUACCAAGCCAAUCAUUGAUGAUAUUGUGUCUGAUCUCAUUCAGAUUUAUUCCAUGGAUACAGGAAUCCCCUAGCCCUGGCCCAGGCCUGCCCAAAGAGAACCCCAGGAUGGUCAACUGCCUGGGGAUUGUGCCACUAUGUCUCUGUGACAGCCAGUCCGGGGUGGACUGGUUAUACUGCUGGGGAUGGGCUGGUGAAGGUGAUGACUGUCCCCAGCAGCCUCGGUGCAGAUGAUGGCAGGACUGCACCUCCAGUGGGCAGGCUGGGGAGUCACGGCCUGUGGCUACCCUGAUGUGACCACAUCUGUCUUUUUCCUUUGAGAUGACUCUGACUGCAACAGAGGUGGGGAAUCACUAGCAGCAAAGUCAAGGAACAGAAGGGACUGUACUCCUUGGCCUUUUUUUCCCUAAAAAGCCAGAUUUAUAGGAAGUAUGAUUGUGCAACAUAGAUGGAAUUUUAUUUUGUGUAAUAAAAUGAUGCAAAUCAACA